UCACAUUGCGGCGGAAAACGUUUAGACUAGCAUAAUUAUAUAAAAUUUAUCUCAGCCUUAAACAAUUUUGCGGCAAUGAGACGAUUCAUUCUUCUCACCUUCAUUGGCAUAUUUUUAAUGAAGAAUGUCACAUCGUCGAAAAAUCAGGAAUAUCCUUCGCGUCUAGCAUGGUUGUUUGGUUUAAACAAUACACAACAUGAAACUGAGGAACGAAAUGAAACUAACGACGAAAAUAAGCCAACUGUAUGUCAAUCUCAAGAAUGCAAAAAAAUCGCUCAGAUAAUAACGGAGAGCAUGGACAAAUCUGUAGAUCCGUGCGACGAUUUCUACGAAUACGCUUGUGGAAAAUGGUUGGAGCAUAAUCCCGCUCCAAAAGGAAUGAAAUCCUGGAGUAUGUUUGCAAGUGCACAAGUAAAUGUCAUAAAGAAAAUAACAGAAAUUUUCGACGAAGGUCCAAAGAAAGACGAUCUUUUGGCGGUAAAGCUCGCGAAGAAGUGGUACGCAGUCUGCAUGGAUACAGAUGCAAUGGAUAGUCAAGGGCUUGAACCGCUUGUUUUUACCUUAUCGAGGAUCGGCGGCUGGCCGAUGAUAAUGGAACCUGAUGAAUGGAACGAGGAGGAGUACAGCUGGCAAAAAGUGGAUGAUCAAUAUGUGCGCUUGAUAGGAAGGAAUGCUUUUCACGACGUGCGAGUGAACGAAAAUCGGACUUUAAACGAAUCCCAGAAAACAGUGCAUGUGUCUAUUCCCCACUUACCUCCGGCUUCGUUUAAACUCUGGGGUGAAGCCGAUAGCGAAGAGGAAGUAGACGGAAGCGACGAGGAUCUCAGCGACGAGGAGAAGCAAAGCAACGAGCAAAAUGAUAGUCAAGAACCUGGAAGCGAAGGCCAAGACGAUAACAAAAACGAUAGUACUAACAAUAAUGGUAAUGAAGAUGAUAAUAAUGGUGACAAUGAAGAUAAUGACGAUAAUAAUAACGAUAAAAAUAGCGAUGAAGAAAAUGAUGAUAAAGAUAAUGACGACUAUAAUGAUGAUAAAAAUGAUGAUGAAAAGAAUGACAAUAAUGAUACAAACAAACAGGAUGACGAUAACAAUAAUGGUACACGCGAACACGAUGACGAUGAAGAAAACAAGGAAAAAAGAAUCAGGGUGAAAAAAGGUGGUAAAUUCGCGAAAAAGAAAAAAUUAGAGCAUAGUAGAAAAAUUAAGAGUGACAUCAACUCCAAGAAGCACGAGAAUCACAAGAUAAAGAAAGACAGAAUAAAAAGACGGGUGAUACCGAAUGUUCGCGAGAAAUUACGCACGCGAAAGAUUGAAAAGAAUCACGUGAAGCAAACACGUAAGGAAAGAGUAAAGAAAACUUUAAAGACUUCGCAGAUUAGCACCGAAGAAACGACUGACAAAUACGAUAUGAUGAAACUAUAUGCUGAUUACGUCUCGAAAGUAGCUCGCGCCAUAGCCGAAGCAAGAGGCGUUGAAAUCUCAGAGGAACACUUGUAUAAAGAUAUCCAAGACAUGAUCAAAUUUCACAUAAAACUAGUUGAAAUUACUACAGGAGGAGGAAAAGAAAAGGAAUUAACGCUUAAUGACUUCCAGGAAUGGUAUGAAAGAAAGAUACCCAAAACUUCCAACAGCGCAAUUGACUGGUUGUACAAAAUUGGAGAGUUAUUUGACGAAGCUCACGUGCCUGUGAGUGGUGAUAUGGAUAUAAAAAUUAGUAACCUAGAUUACUUCAGUAAUCUUAUAUCUUUGCUAGACGAUACAUCGAGUCGAACAAUCGUGAAUUAUAUACAUUGGAACUUUUUAAGCAGAAUAAUAAGAACUACUACGAUUAAAAUGAGAAAAUUAUAUGAUGCAUGGGAAGAAAAAGAGAAGAAUGAUGAUGAUCAGAUUCUUGGAAUUUCAGCAAGAUCGUUCAAAUGCACGAGGGAAGUAGAGAUGAGCGACAUGCUAGCAUACGAGUAUGUGAGAAAACAUUUCUCUGAUGAAAUCACGACAGCUGCAUCGGACAUGAUGGAUGAUAUACAAAAGGAAGUUGAAUAUCAAAUUAAAGACUCAGACUGGGUAGAUGAGGAUACUAAGGAUUUUGUUUUAGCAAAAUUAGUGCAUAUGGAGAAAUUUAUCGGAUAUCCAAAUUGGUAUAGAAAUAACACUAUUGUUAAACGAUAUUACCAAGGUCUUAUUAUUGGCAACUCGUAUUAUGAAAAUACAUUGAGCUAUGAAAGAUACAGCAAGUGGAAAGAGCUACGAAAGUUGUUGAAGGAGGAUGAAGACGAUGAAAUAAUGAUGAAUCCUGUAAUGGUAACUGCCUUUUUCUCACCGGAUCUUAAUUCCGUAGCCCUCUCGGCAGCAGAUUUUCAGAGUCCAUUGUUUGCUUUCGGUCGACCACAAGCUAUUAAUUAUGGUAUUGUUGGAACAAUCAUGGGUCACGAAGUUAAUCACGGAUUUGAUGACUCUGGCCAUUUAUAUAAUAAGAAAGGAAAAAUUGUGGAAUGGUUAUCCGCAAUGGCCGAAGCAUAUGGCAAAAGAGCAGAGUGUUUUGUGGAACAGUUUAAUAAUUAUGCCAUCAACAAUAUAUCGAAUACAAUAAAGAACUAUGGCAAUCAAACAGCGGGAGAGAAUAUCGCGGAUACAAUGGGAUUAGAGGCAGCGUUUAGAGCAUAUCAAAGAAGAGAAAGGGAAUGCGGAAAGCCGAAUACCGUAUUACCAGGCCAGGAAAAUCUCACUAACGAUCAACUUUUCUUCCUAUCUUUUGCCAACUUGUGGUGUGAAGAUCCGGCAACGAGUGCUAUCAAAGCUAAACAUGACAUACAUAGCAUCGGACGAUUGAGAGUGACAGGAACUGUUUCAAAUUCGCACGACUUCGCCAAAGCUUAUAAUUGUCCGGUCGGCAGUGCAAUGAAUCCCGAAAAGAAAUGUCAUAUCUGGAAGUGAAUUAUUUCUACGAAUGUAAGCAAUUAAACCAAUGCUUCA